UCCACUUGUUGCUCAUUUUUGAUCAAACAAAAUAUUUGUCAUCGUAUGACAUGUUGUAUGCAGCAUAUAUGUAACUAUGCACUGGUAAUUUUAUUAGCAACAACACAAUCUCCAUAGCAGCACAAAUUUUCUGUUCUAUUUAAGCUAAUUUGUUGACUCGAGUUUAUUGAAUACAAAAAAAAAGUUGAUUCUCACAAAAUAAUGGAUGUUGAUUAUCUGCAGCCAACGAUCUAUCAUCAGAGUGAUUACAGGACAUCCUCGUCGCGUGCACAUCGCUUCAAGUUGUCAAAUGAAAGGAACUUUAUUCCAUUUAAAUCGCAUAGCUUGUGCAGUGAACUGAAAAACUCUCGAGCUGAUUAUCGACCAGUCAGUGAAAGUACGAAGGAAUAUCCAUGGAAAAUCAAUCCGAGUAGAAACUUUCGAGUGGAAUUAGCAGCACCGAUUGAGAAGGUUCGAUACAUUCAUCAAUUUACGGAUAAAAUGAAAGCUGAUAAGCUUAUUAAGCCAUUGAAUUUGUACAAAAGUCGUGCAGGAGAUUCUGACGCAUUUACGAGAUUGCCAAGAGAAAUGAAACUGCCAACAGCAGUUCAUCCACCGCCUAUUCAACAUUAUUCGAGAGAAACAUUUCACGCAAACACUGCCGGAUAUUAUCCAUAUCUUGAUAACUUAGUGUCUACAACGGAACUAGACUUUCAUAGACAUAAAAAUUAUGAAACAGCAAAAACAAAUUUAAUUGCUCAAAAGGAACUUCCGUUUAAUUCCAAAGUUGCUUUCUUCACCCCAAAAACGAAAUUGAUUGCGCAAUAUCCAAUGUUUAGGAAAUAUGAUGCGAAAAUGUUGUGCGAUAAUUCAAAAUUCACGACCAAAGUUUACGAUCGGAUCACUUUAAUGAGGACAAGGUGUCGUGAAGUUAAAAGUGAAAUGGCAUCGAGUUACUAGGUUAGAAUGUCGACAUUUGUUUAUGAUGGAUAUUUUAUGGGUUCAAUCAGUUAAUAAUGUCAAGUAGUUGAGGUGGAAGAAUUUUAAGUGAUGUUUUUUGUGGAAAUUCUGUUACCUUAGUUUGGUCUGGAUGUUCACUGGAUCUAAUUGUAUUGCGCAAAUUUUGUCUGGAUGUUCACUGGAUCUUAUUGUAUUGGAUUAAUUUUGUCAGGA